AAACGUUGGGGGGUAUUUGAUUUACUUGGUUUUAUCAAGGAUGGGGAUAUAGUCCUUGGUGGACUGUUCAGUGUUCACUCUAAUGUACAGGAUCAAGAUAUUUACUUCCAAUCCCAACCAACGGCAAUAAAAUGCAAAAGUUUUGAGAUGAGAGAGUUCCGCUUUGUUCAGACGAUGAUUUUUGCUGUAGAAGAAAUAAACAAGAACCCAUUUUUACUUCCGAACAUUACCCUAGGUUACAAGAUAUUUGAUUCCUGUGGCAUGCCCUCUUUGUCUAUAAAAGCGACACUGGAGAUAGUAAAUGCCCAAGAGAAAACAUCUUCAGACUAUAUUUGUAAAUCCUCUCCUGCUGUUUCUGCUAUUAUUGCAGAUUCUGGAUCUUCGCAAUCUGCAGCCAUAGCAUCGUCCGUUAGAUCUUUCAGAAUUCCCAUGAUUAGCUACUUUUCUACAUGCGCAUGUCUGAGUGACAAACAAGAGUAUCCUUCAUUUUUAAGGACAAUACCCAGCGAUUACUUCCAGGCCAGGGCUUUAGCACAGAUUGUGAGACAUUUCGGGUGGACAUGGAUCGGAACAAUUAAGAGUGAUGAUGAUUAUGGUGUAUUUGGAAUGCAAGCCUUCACAGAGGCUGUACAGCAGAAUGGCAUCUGCUUUGCUUUCUCUGAAUCUUUCUUUAGAACCUAUCCCAGAGAGAAGUUGCUUAAAACCGUAGAUGUCAUAAAGAAAUCGACCACCAAAGUAAUUGUGGCUUUUCUUGCUCAAGCCGAUAUGGCCAUUUUGCUGGAAGAAGUUGCAAGGCAAAAUAUCAGUGGCAUUCAAUGGAUUGGGAGCGAAGCUUGGAUUUCCACCUCACUUCUCACUCCAGAAAAAACCCGACAGUUCCUUACUGGAGCAAUUGGGAUUGCGAUCAGUAAAGGAAAUAUAUCAGGCUUGAAAAACUUUUUAAUUCAACUCCACCCUUCUCUGUAUCCGGGAAAUGUUUUAAUGAAAGAAUUUUGGGAAAUGAUAUUCAGCUGCACCCUCAGAAAGACAGAAAGCAAGGCAGAAAAAGAAAAUGAAAAUCCUUCUCCACGUACUAACGAAUGCAGUGGAAAAGAGAGCUUAAGGACAUUAAAUAAUACAUUUACAGAUGUAUCUCAGUUCAGAGUUACAUAUAACGUGUAUAAGGCAACGUAUGCUGUGGCGCAUGCUCUUCACAAUAUGCUUUCAUGUGAAAGUGGAAAUGGCCCAUUUGAGAACAAAACCUGUGCAACUAAUUUAAAUUUUCAACCUUGGCAGCUUCUGCAUUACAUAAAAAUGACACAUUUCACAACUCCGAAUGGUGAAAAUGUAUAUUUCGAUGAAAAUGGGGAUCCGGUACCAACUUAUGACAUUGUAAACUGGCAACCCAAUAAUGUUGGUGGUUCUGAUGUUGUGUCAGUGGGACAUUAUGAUGGAUCUGCACCUUUGGGCCAAGAGUUGAUCCUAAAUGAAAAUAUUAUUGUUUGGAGCGGUGGGCACAAAAAGAUCCCGCGAGCAGCUUGUUCUGAAACAUGUCACCCUGGAACACGGAAAGCAGCCAGAAAGGGGCAACCUAUUUGUUGUUUUGACUGCAUUCCAUGCAGUGAUGGAGAAAUAAGCAACAUCACAGAUUCAAUACACUGUAUGAAAUGCCUUUCGGAAUAUUGGUCCAGUGUACAACGCGACCAAUGCAUUCCCAAGCAAACGGAAUUCCUUUCUUAUUCAGAAAUAAUAGGAAUGGUAAUAGUAAUAUUUGCUAUAGUUGGAGCUUGCAUUACAAUGAUCGUGGCAGUUCUUUUCUUUGUUUACAAGCACACUCCUAUUGUCAAAGCUAACAACUCUGAAUUAAGUUUUCUUCUUCUAUUAGCGCUAACGUUCUGCUUUCUUUGCUCCCUUACAUUCAUUGGCGAACCAUCAGUUCCAUCCUGCAUACUGCGCCACACAAUGUUUGGUGUUAGUUUUGUUCUGUGCAUGUCCUGUGUUUUGGGGAAAACAAUUGUUGUAGUGAUGGCAUUUAAGGCAACACAUCCCCGCAAAAAUAUAAUGAAGUAUUUUGGUGUCACACAGCAACGAAUGACUGUUUGUAUCCUUACUCUGGUGCAGUGCAUAAUAUGCACAAUCUGGCUAACAAUAGCACCGCCUUUCCCUGUUAAGAAUGCUAUUUCUUACACGGACAAAAUUAUUCUGGAAUGUGAUGUAGGGUCUGUAACAGCUUUUUAUUGUGUCCUGGGAUAUAUUGGAUGCCUCUCUUGUGUGUGCUUUGUUGUUGCAUUUCUAGCUCGAAAGUUGCCUGACAAUUUUAAUGAGGCCAAAUUCAUAACCUUUAGCAUGAUUAUGUUUUGUGCAGUUUGGUUAUCUUUUAUUCCAGUUUAUAUAAGCUCUCGUGGAAAAUAUACUGUUGCUGCUGAAGUAUUUGCAAUUUUGGCGUCUAGUUUUGGUCUUCUUAUCUGUAUUUUUGCUCCAAAAUGUUACAUUAUUUUAUUAAAACCGGACAAUAAUACAAAGCAACACCUAAUGGGAAAGGUAUCAUCAAAAAAGCUGUGA